GACCGGAAUUGAGCAAACACCCAACUCAUCAUGGCGAGGCACCUACGUUUCAUUUCCCGGACAGUUAUGGUGGAAGAUGGGAAAGUUGAUGCAGCUUACAAGACAUUAAACAGGGUGCUGGCUCGGGAUGGGGUUAUUGACACGGUGAAGAGAAAGCGCUACUUCGAAAAGCCCUGCCAAGAGCGACAGCGGAAGAACUAUGAGAACUGCCGCCGCAUAUACAACGUGGAAAUGGCCCGGAAAAUUGCAUUCAUCUCCAGGACAAACAGAGAUGAUCCCUGGCUUGGCUGUUAAGAUGAUGGAGUGUGUUAAGAGUAGACUUCUACAUUAAAGUGGAAGAAAAAAAAAGCCUAACUAAGGGUCUCUUUUACAUUUAAAGGGACUUACUGAUGAAAGAAGCUGUCAAGAUUGUUAUGAUGUCUGGAGGGAAUGUUUGUAGAUAUGCAUUUGUUGUAAAGUUAAUUCCUUUACUAAAUUUUGUCUGAAGAUUUUAUGAAGGGCAAUUAAGAUAUGUGUAUUUUCUGUCUUUCUAAUUACUGUGCCCGGUAUUCAUCAUAAGUUUUUAUUUAAACAACAAAAAAGUUGGUUUAUACUCCAAACAUGUCUGUAUACAGCAUGAUGUGACAUUUGCCUACAAAUUUGCUCGAGGAAGUUCAGACUAUGUUGAAGAUGUUUGUGAUAAUGAGAUCUUGGCUAAACAGCUGCUUGCUGUACAUUAAUUCAGAUCCCUUCUGCACACUGUGUUGUUGUUGUCACACUAACUCCCUUAAGUGAGACUCACCAGCCAUGCACGUCUGUCGAAGCUUGAGCUUUUGCCAUGGUAUGAGUCUUGGAAGUGGGACAGCCCCAAAGAUUUCUCUUAUUGCAAAAUUCCUACACAGCAUGGAAUUCGUAUUGAACAAUUUCCACAUUUGUGAAGAAAACAAAUCUUUCCAUUUUGUGUUUCUAAAAAAUGUUGAUAAAGGCAGAUUUUUUUUAAGCUGCCAAUUAGUCUUCUGUCAUUGAAAGAUUGUCAAAAAAAUGUGGCAUGUGAUAAUCCUGUGCAGUUCUACCUCGAUGCUUGUGUGUACCAGCUUGCGAAACAGCUGAUUCAAAUAUAGCUAAGUCAUAUAACUGAGUCACUGUCAUAAAAAUAAACAUUGCUAAAGACUGCCCC